AUGUACUUGGCACAAGGCAGCACCAUCCAUGGCCGUUGCCGGCUCUCGCCGCCACUCAGCAUCACGAGCGAAUCACAGUUUUUGAAGCUGAAAGAGAAGCACAAAUGGGAUUCUGAGGGGCUUCCCUACAAGCUUCCCUUUGUCGUCCACGCGAUCUCUCAGGUGCAGCAGCUUACCCCAUUGGAAUUUCUCAAGCUCCGAGGGUGCCAAGGGAGGAGCCUCUACAGGCCUUUAGAUUGGAAACCAGAACAUGAUCUGGCCAGCACGGAGGGAGAGAAUCUGGAUAGUGGAGAGACAAAAGCGGAUGCAAAAACAGGAGAGACAGGGAAAGGCAAGGACAAGAAGAAAGGACUAUCAGCCAAGGAAAAGAAAGCCAAGGCCAAAGCCAAGAUCACUCCGCUGAAGGUCCUUCCGCCAGAGGUUCUCGAGUCGCAAAAAGUGAAGAUAAUCGACCCAGCUGAGCAUUUUGUCCCGGGCGAGGAGAGGCUACAAGCAAAGCGCAAGUUCUUCAGUCGCAAGGAUUCUACAGUGGACCUGCAUGUGAGCGGAGGCGCGUUGGCACAUGUCAACAAAUUGGCCUUCCCCAGGGAAGGUCAAAAGACGGCUGCAUACUUGUUUGGCGAGAUUGACAAAGUCCCCGCUGUGCAGGCAGUCCUGGUUCCCGCAUGGAGCGACCAAGAGCGGUUUCCGGAGUGGGACAUGGACAUGGCAUGCAUGCAAGAUUGCCGGUUUGCAAGAGACAUGAAGCUCCUUGGGAUUCUUUUGGUUGUGCCAGGGGAGGAAAAACCAGAUCCCUCACACCUGUCUUUGUUCCAGAAACUGCAGAAGGAGAGCUUGUUCUUUGGCCUGACGGGAACUGACAGAAAAUCAGCAUUCUACAAAUUCGAGGAGGAACAUUGGAAGGAGAAGGCGGUGGAAGUUCACUGGACGGGCAAGAAAUCUCAUUACAUGGUCAAUGUAGUGGGGCAAAAGGUGUCCCUCUUGGAGAACAUCAAGGAAUGUGCCAGAUCAUCCGUGGAUGCAUUCAAGAAAUCUCUAGAUGCCUCCACCCGCAAGGGCGCCAAGAAACAAAAGAAAGCGGAGCAGAACAUGAAGCGGCGGGCACAGCUGCAGUCAGAAGGCGAAGAACAGGAACGUCCGGGUUCCUCCUCAUCACUUCUGAGAAGAGCAGUGGAGGAAAUUCAGUCUGUUGUGGACUACCUUGUUGAAAAGAUUGCUGAGUUCGACCAGGCCACUGCUUCUGAAGGCUUUUUGGAACAUCUGGCCUUGUUUCCGCUGGCCAAACGUGAGAUGUCAAAAGUCGUGAGUGUGGACAAAGGCCCCAAAAGCGUGGCAGAGGCUGGAAAAUACAUGUCCCAAGUCAUGAACUUGAAGGCCAUCUUGGAGCUGCGGCUUGCGCGGAGACAAAGCAAUACAUCGCACACCUAUGAUGGCAACAAAUGGAUGCGGAAACGAUUGCGUGGUGAUGCAAGCUCAGAGCUACAGACCGUGCGCAGGAAGCUUACUUUCUCGGAUGAGGCACGCUGGUACAGCAGCAAGCAGUUGUGCAACCAGCUGCUUACUGCAGGGGAGCCACCUGAUUCAGAACAAGACUCAGAGGAAGAGAGGGAGGGUCGAUCUCACGGCAACUCUUUCCAAAGCCGCAACCGCCCCACCAUCUACCAGAAGCUCCAGGCGCUCAAGGAGAUGGACAGGUUAGUGGAAAGUGGUAAGACGCAUGGCUUGGAGAAAGCAGUUGCUCAGGUGUUUCCCAAUUUGUUCACCGGCAAGAACGGGUUGAAGUCUGGGAUGCUGGGCCGCUGGAAGACUCAAGCUGAGCAGCAAAAGUGGUAUGAAAUACCAUUCGAGCGGCUGCCAGAAGCAGACCGGCAUUGGCGAGAGUUGCCCGACUGGGUACGAGUGCCCUUGGGAUUGGAGCCCCGUUCGCUAGAGAGAUUCAAGGAUGGGAAGAACAUUCCCAGUUGCAUCUCAAAAAAAUUGGUGGAAAUGCUAGAAAAGUCAACAACGGGUUCGGCAACUUCAAACCUCACAAGUGGCAAAUUGGACUUGAAGCUGGUGAAGAAAGAUGCAGAAGAACUUCUGGCCACCUACCACCAAACACAAGAGGAGAUGGCCAAGGAGCUUGGCAUGGAAGCGCCGCCUGCAAAGCUCAAGGUCAGUGACAGGUGCGGAUUUGCAACGUGA